AUGCUGAAGCUAGCAGUGACACCGUCGGAGGUAUUGAAUGUGGGGGGUUCGAGCGAUGGUCCAGUGGCACUCCCACCAUUUUCAUUUAGCAAGAAGCCCGUGGACAAGUCUCAGUCGAUAUCGACGGAUCUGAAUAUCACUUCUCGAUUGUCUCGCGGCAGUAGUAAAGCUGAUAGUGUGCAUUCGCAACCUACCGAGUUUAAAGAUUUCGAUUAUAAUGAACAGAUUCGAUUUCCGAGAAUGGUCAAUAGCCAUUACACGUAUAGCACUAAGCGAAGUUCUUUUUCUUCGGGAGAGAGAGUCAGUGCCAAGAGUCGCAUGAGCUCGUUUGAGGAAGGUCGAGAGUUUAAACUACCAGAGCAACACCACCAACAACAGCUUCCACCACCACCGCAGCAACAACAGCAACAACCAGAGAAUGAUGACGAUGAAGAAGCGAAUUAUAAACCAGCCGCUUUUGAUUUGACUCAGCCUAUGCGAAGGCUAUCGAAGCGAGACGUCCAAACCGAAGAAGAAGAACAAGAUAGCAAACUAUUACAAGAAUACACUAAAAACAACUGCAUCUACAACUCAUCCAACUUUAACCUCUACUAUCAAAUGAAAAAACCCAUGAUGACACCAGCUGUCUUGCGACCGGUUUUACCACAAGCAAAGCCCACCACAGCCACAUACACCGUGAUCAACGUGUCUGCAAAUUGUCUACUGUUGGCUGAGCCAUCGCAUAAUCAUUGGAAACCCAACAGCAACUUUUGCAGCGGUUGCAAAAUCCAGCUUCAUAACUCGUUAAUGUGCUUGAUUUACGACGUGCCCAGCUGCCAUCAUUGUAGAUUUUGUGGACUAUGCUACUGUGCUUCCUGUUUGAGCGAAUCUAUCGUGGAUAAAUUUGCCAACUUCGUGAUUCCCGUUAAAGCGAAAAUCCAGCUUCACCAUGCCAAUGAUGACAGUUCUGCCACCAUGACAAAAUCGAAAACGUGUCUUAAAUGCACACUAGAAUACGAGAAUCUCACACGACUUAUCAACCACAGCGACAAUCCCAAGCUAAAUAUAACUGAAGCGUAUGUCAUUGUUGAGAAUCCGUAUACCCAUGAUUUCCCAAACUAUUGUGAUAAUUUGAACAAGUUUAAGAAAUUCAGGAUAUCGGAAACUGGUGAUUUGGUAGAGGAUAGUUCUCGUAGGAGAGUUAGUGUCGCGGGAGAAGCACCAAAUGUCUGGACAUGGAGUUCGUUCUAG